UCUAACUACAUUAGGUUUGUUUCCAGGCAACAAUGCUGCAGCACAUGUGGCACUUAUAUGGUUCUUGUUUUCAUGGAGUGGCAAGACUUUUGGAGAGGACGUAUAGAUCAUCGGAGGAUGGGAAAGUGACCAAUGUCACCCCAGUUUCACUUCUGGAGGUUAAGGUUGAGCGUUAUAUUAAGGUGAUAUUUGGGGAUGAAACUGCUGCAAAGAAGUAUGAUCCUGUUGAGAUGUCUCAAAUUCCCAGAGUAAGGCUUGGAGAAGGGACCUUGGGGGCUUUGUUUAAGGUUGUGCUCAACGGUGGAUCCACUGUCACCAUGAGAAAGAUCAGACCAGGGUUGGCUUGCUCCAAUGAUCUCGAACUUUGGAUUAAAUACUUUGGAGGACUGUGUGAUGUUUGGCUCUUGAAGAUUGAGUUCAGUCUCUGGUAUGGUGGGGAGGCUUUCGUUUUGUACGAGUACUUGUGCUUGGGAAGCUUAGAGGAGCUCUUACAUGGAAGUGAAGGAGCUCAAUUUACUGCACUGAAUUGGGAAAUUCGGUGGGGAAUCGCUCUCUGUACAGCCAAGGCAGUGGCCUCAAUUCACACUCAUAUCACAAAACAUGGGGAUUCCCUUGUCUGUGGGGUGAUCAAGUCUUCCAAUAUCUUGAUCCGCACAGACUUCUCUGCAUGCCUUUCUGGCUAUGAAAUCCCUUACCUUGUACCUGCCAGAACAAUCAUCAGAAGGAAUCCUCGUCGAGUAGCGCCUGAACUACUUUCUAGUCAUAGCUGCUCACCAAUGUUCACUAAGAAGUCUGAUGUUUACAGCUUUGGAGUGCUGCUUCUUGAACUCAUCACAGGGGAGAAGCCCUCAGUGACCAACUUAGCAGAGUAUGUAAGAGAGAAGAAAAAGAAGGAAGGAUGGACCGGGGUAUUCGAUAAGAAAUUGGGAAAUGUUACAGACAAUAUGCAUAAAAUGUAUGUAAUUGCAAAGCGUUGCCUUUCAUAUAAUCCAAAUGAGAGGCCUCCCAUGAAGAGAGUGGUGCAAGAGAUUCAAGAAUUGAAGUAGUGAAACCAUGUUUUGCUUCUGGAUGGGAUGUUUAAUCAUGCUUAAACGUCUCCCUACUAAAA